AAUAACCGGGUUUUUACAAUAUUUCUUUCGACAAAAAAAUGCCUAAAAUCGUAGAACUAAGACAGGAUCGUACUUUAAUACGUUCUAAUUUUGAUGGCUACAAAUUGUCCUUAGAUCCGGUGCCCAUUUUAAGGCAAGACUUAACAUCGACACCUUUAAAAGCGGAACUAAAUGAUGACCAAUAUUCUUUGUUGCAUGCCGAGUUGUUUUCCAUGCAAAAUCUGCUCACGGUUGAUCCAUGGGCCAGAACACAUUCCUAUUUCAUUAAUCGCCUGGGAGAGGUAGUAAGAUGUGCUUACGAUGACAACAAAGGCCGGCCGGAUCAACAGCAGGUGGUUUAUCGUUUAGCACAGGAUGUGGGCGAAGAUUGUCGCCAGCAAAAGGGCGAUUAUAAUUAUAGUUUAAGAUUUUUAUCGGAAAAAUUUUGUGUGGUGUGUGAUGGCGUUAAAACUCUUUUGUUGCUGGAAACCGGAGAUCGUUUAAAAGGUGGUGAGUGGAGGAUGGUGGCCACUUGCAGGAUAGAAGGUGAUGGCCUAGUGACAGAUGAAAAGAAUUAUCUUAUUUACGAUGCUCGCUUGGAUAUAAUACAAGAACGAAAACAAAUUUCUAUUAUAUUGGGUCACGUUCAACGUGUGGAAUCUGCCCUGCCCGAAGGUACAACUUCACAUUUUCUCUAUUUGCACUGGAGUAAAUGGUUUUUGGAAGAUGAUCUGUGGAAAUUUCAAAUUUUGGACACUUUAGAGGGUAAAGGCUCUGUAUAUUACUGUGCGUUUGAACCUCGCGCAGAUUCUGUAGUCCUAAGCUCCAAUCAUGAGUUUAAAUGGAGGUCGAACAAUUCUUUGGAAGAUGGUGUGAAAGACAACCCAAAACCGGAGGAGGAGAAACCUCAAUUGCAUGGAGCAUCUGCUGAUGAGGAGAAUCAAGUUUCAGGCUUUUCCUGGUCACAAACUGAUGAAGAUUUAGUUAUUAAAUUUGAGGUUAAAGAUGGAAAAGAAAGAAAUGAUUACCAUGUAAAGUGUGUGAUCAAUAAGAUUACGGUGAAAUGCAAUGAUGAAGUGUUAUUGGAUCAUGAAUUGUUUGAAAAAGUUGAAUUGGAUUUAACCACAUGGACAAUAGAAAACAAUUUUCUUCAAAUAACUUUAAUUAAGCAAACAUCGGGCUUACUCUGGACUUCACUGUUGGCAAAUGGUCUUGGACCCAAAGAAACUAAUGAUAAAACAGGAGAAAAUUGUUUACCUAUGGAACAACAACCUAUAGCUAAUCUUGAAGCUCCCAUAGAAGAUUGUGAUUUUCCCAUGGGUACCGCAGAAGAUGAAAUUACUAUUGCUCGUUUUAAUUUGUCCACCAAAACCAUUACCCACAACAUUAUCAUGGGCUCCUCACCACCUUUAUUCUCCACAUCGCUGAGACCAGGUUUCCCAUUAGCUAUAGCCACCCGACAAGAUGUCGACUGCUGUCUGUGGUUGCAACAGUACAAUCCCUCGAAGCCGGACGAAUGGUCUAUACGUCAUGAGGGCAAUCUACACGCAUUUGGUUAUGUGCAGGCUUCGAAGCUGCAAAAGAAAUUUAUGGAUUGUUCGCCCGAUUUGGGUUAUGCUCUGAUAGCCGAAUCCCAUCGUCAUGUAUUUUUGUAUAAAACCAAAUAUGAUACGGCCAGUGGUCUGAGAAAUCGUAAUGGACCUCAGGUGACAAUUGGUAAACAGCAUUUAAUAACGUUGGACGAUGCGGGUGAAGUUUUGGGACUGACAACAGCCAAUAGUGUGGCCACAUUGUUGACAGAGAAAUGUGUGUUGUUUUUGCAAAUGGAAAGUUAAUAAAUGAUUUUAUAAGGAUGGAGAAAAAA